CGGGGAGGGGCAGAGAGGAGGAGCUGUCGGUGCUGAGCCCGCUGGGGAGGGGGCCGGGCGCGAGGCGGAGUCCGGGCUCACCGCCAGGCUAGUGGGGGCCCCGCUGCAGACUCCCUGCAGCUCGCGGACUCACCGAGCCGCAGCAGGACCGGCCAGGAGGCGCCAUGGAGGGGAGCCCCAUCCCGGUGCUGACUGUGCCCACGGCGCCCUUCGAGGACCAGCGGCCUACCGGCGGCGGGGGACUGAGGAGACCCACUGGCCUCUUCGAGGGCCAGCGCAACUACCUGCCCAACUUCAUCCAGAGCGUGCUGUCAUCCAUUGACCUGCGCGACCGCCAGGGCUGCACCAUGGUGGUGGGCAGCGACGGCAGGUACUUCAGCAGGACGGCCACAGAGAUCGUGGUGCAGAUGGCCGCAGCCAAUGGGAUUGGACGACUGAUUAUUGGCCAGAAUGGCAUCUUAUCAACUCCUGCAGUUUCCUGCAUUAUCAGGAAGAUCAAGGCGGCUGGUGGGAUCAUUCUAACAGCUAGCCACUGUCCUGGAGGACCAGGGGGAGAGUUUGGAGUGAAGUUUAAUGUUGCCAAUGGAGGUCCUGCACCAGAUGUUGUCUCAGACAAAAUCUAUCAGAUCAGCAAAACAAUUGAGGAGUAUGCCAUAUGUCCUGAUCUUCGAAUUGACCUGUCUCGACUAGGAAGACAAGAAUUUGACCUGGAGAACAAAUUUAAACCAUUCAGAGUGGAGAUUGUGGACCCUGUGGAUAUCUAUCUCAACCUCCUUCGGACCAUCUUUGACUUUAAUGCCAUUAAGAGUUUGCUGACUGGGCCAGGCCAACUGAAGAUCCGCAUUGAUGCAAUGCAUGGAGUUAUGGGACCGUAUGUGAGAAAAGUUCUGUGUGAUGAGCUGGGGGCCCCAGCCAAUUCUGCAAUAAACUGUGUUCCCCUGGAAGACUUUGGAGGGCAGCAUCCCGACCCAAAUCUGACAUAUGCAACAACCCUUUUGGAAGCCAUGAAAGGAGGAGAAUAUGGAUUUGGAGCUGCAUUUGAUGCCGAUGGGGACCGUUACAUGAUCCUAGGCCAAAAUGGCUUCUUUGUGAGUCCUUCUGACUCCCUGGCUAUCAUUGCUGCCAACCUCUCUUGCAUUCCAUAUUUCCGUCAGACAGGAGUUCGAGGGUUUGGGAGAAGUAUGCCAACCAGCACUGCCCUAGACAGAGUGGCCAAAUCAAUGAAGAUCCCUGUAUAUGAGACCCCAGCUGGAUGGAGAUUCUUCUCAAAUCUGAUGGACUCGGGACGGUGCUCUCUGUGUGGAGAGGAGAGCUUUGGCACUGGCUCUGAUCACCUCCGAGAGAAAGAUGGCCUCUGGGCUGUCUUGGUCUGGCUCUCCAUCAUCGCUGCCCGGAAACAGAGUGUAGAGGAAAUUGUUCGGGAUCACUGGGCCAAAUAUGGCCGCCACUACUAUUGCAGGUUUGACUAUGAAGGGCUGGAGCCCAAGGCGACAUAUUAUAUCAUGAGGGACCUGGAGGCCCUGGUCACAGACAAGUCCUUCAUUGGCCAGCAGUUUGCCGUGGGGAGCCACAUCUACAGUGUGGCGAAGACAGACAGCUUUGAAUACGUGGACCCUGUGGAUGGCACCGUGACCAAGAAACAGGGCCUGAGGAUCAUUUUCUCGGAUGCAUCACGGCUCAUCUUCAGGCUUAGUUCCUCCAGUGGCGUGAGAGCCACCAUCAGGCUGUAUGCAGAGAGCUACGAGAGGGAUCCCAGCGGUCAUGACCAGGAACCACAGGCAGUGCUGAGCCCUCUCAUAGCCAUUGCCCUGAAAAUAUCCCAGAUUCACGAGAGAACUGGCCGCAGAGGACCCACCGUCAUCACCUGAGUGCAGGAGAGAUCGCUCACCCGGGCCAAGGAGAGCACUCAGCUGGAGCUGCUUCACGAUGCUUUCUUGCUACCUGUUUGUGCCUCUUAUGACUUUGGGAAGGAAAAAAAAAGAAAAAAACCCAAAAACAAAAGAUAUUUUGCUGUUGGGGG